AGUGAGUAGGCGUCUGUCUCUCUCUCCAGGAGUUUAGUUGCUUUCUUUUAUUUUCUGUCUGUCUUACAUCAGCAUCACCAGAGUGAGAGUGAGUGUGAGUGACCAAAAGGAUUGAGAAUGAAAUCAAGAAAAGAUCGUGAUCUUUUCUUCUUCUUUUUACCUCUUUCAUAAUUAUCCCUCUUCUCUUUCUACCAAAUUCCCAAUUCCUCAAAAUGGGAUUCUUUCAAACUCCAUCUGCUCUCUUCAUCUUUUUCCUCAUUUUAACCUCCACCCACUCACGAUUUUUACCUCAAGGAAGAUCGAAUUCGAAGCUGAUAAACAACGAUGACCAGAUGGAAAGAAGUAGCCUUUUGAUUGGAUCAAGACCACCGAGAUGUGAGAAGAGUUAUUGUAGUGAUUGUGGUCAUUGUGUCGCAGUUCAAGUCCCAAUUGUACCUAGAUUCAUUAGAACAACUCAAGAAGCAUUGGGUACAACCCCUAAAAGCAUAGUUAAUUCAAGAGGGGACGAUAUCUCCAACUACAAACCCAUGUGUUGGAAAUGCAAAUGUGGUGAUUUCAUGUUCAAUCCUUGAUCUUUAUGUAUACAUAAACAUCAUAUUUUCUUUAAAAAUGUU